AUGGAUGAGCCUCGACAAUCAAUGGACUCGAAUACGGGACCGAUACCAGUGCGAGCGUCCUCACCGUCGCCAUCUACUCCUGCAACGCCAGCAAUUUCUUCAUACUCUUCCACGGAUCGCACAUUCUCCUCCGAGUCAUCCCGAUCUACCUCCUCUGCCACCUCUGCAGAUGCCAGAUCUUCAGUCUCGACAUCGUCCCGCCGCCAUGGAUAUACCCGUGCGCUGGGCGCCGAGUUCGCUGACUCUGCCCGCCAUCGCGACAGCGUUAUGAGUCUCGGCAGUAUCGCCCACCUACAAUACUACUUUGCCCGGACAGGCCUACUGGACGGGAAGAGUGGGCGGGGUAAGGAGUGGGAUAAGGACAAGAAGAACAAAAGUAACGUUCCUCGAGUUCUAAUCACCCCUAACCAACGACAUAUGGACGAAGAUUUGGUUGCCAGCCCGUCGAAUAUGACAGACCCGGCGGAAGAUGCAUUGGAGGCUGAUGAGGCCGAGGUGAUAAUGUUGCCACCUACGGUUAGCACGUACAGCAUCAGAACCCAUCAUAUCCCACCUCCGCCAGAUCUGAUAUCCCUGCGCCGGCAGCUGAUGCUUGCGCUGGACAAGGCGGAAACUAAUAUCGAAGCAAUUGAGAAUGGCGCAGAGCCUCCUCCCCGCGAACGAAUUCGUUCCAGUCUUUCUCCGGGCGACAUCCCGGAGUCACAGGAGGAUGACCAAUCCGGACAGGCCCCGACCCCGAUGAACAAGGAAGAGGCGCAGGGAAUGUGCAUCUUAGACGAUGUGACAAAUGCUAUCAGAGCAGCCAAGAUCUACUAUACCACGCAUGAGAAUCCAGAGCGCUUAGCAUCGAUAAAGAGCGAACGCGAGAUCCGCAAAGAGCUAUUCGACGUCUUAGAAGUUUUGAAGCGGUGGGCUGCGCGGCAUUUCGCGAGCGGACUCCGCGAAGAGGAACGCGCGCGCAUUGAGGGGUGGAUUUCGGGUGUGCGCACCAUGAUAGUCCGCGAAAAAGCCCUGGAAGAUUUGGAGGCCCAAGAAAGAGAAAAUUGGGACUGGGCUGCUGGUGAUUGGAGAGGCCGGGAGCGCGCACGCGAGGAGUCAUUCCUGCGCAGCCUGAUGCCUGGCGGCGACUCCUUGCCGAUCUGGACACCCGUUGAAGAGACCCCCAGUGACCCUCUCCCCACUUCGUUCCUUGAUCGCUUCCGAGACGGUCGUGCGCUAAUUCAGUUACACAACCUUGCCAUCAAGAAGUCGAAACACCAAUUUGAAGAGAUUAAGACUUACCACUUGGACAUUGCCAAGCCGUACCGGCAGGCUGAGAAUCUUCGGUUCUGGAUGAAAGCUGCACAACUCCGGUGGGAGCUCCGUCUGGAUGUUGAUGUGAUGGGUGUUGUACAGAAUAGUGGCACUGCCGCUUGGGUGAAAUUUGAUACUGCACUGCUGGCCUGGUGUAAAACUGUGCGUGAAGAGCUGGUGCGUGACUGGCAGGCGGCUAACCCUGGACGGCCCCCAAGUGCUGGGUUGAUUUGA